GAAUUGCCUAGAGAUUCAACCAUUGCCUGGGGAUUUUCUUACGAUUCUGAACAUCACCCAGUGCACUAAUGUAAGGCUGAGGAUAACCCUCUCCUGGCUCCAUCUCCAGAAAACUUCCAGCUACCCAUUCCGCUCCUUGGAAAGCUAACGGAGUGCGUGAGAUAAACUGGGUUCACAUUUCACACGGCAUGAUAAAUCAUGUCUAUGUCUUAUUCCGGAUGCGAAUCCCGAAACAUUUCCAGCCCUACACUGAGGAGUUCCACUCAGUGGAACAGUACGGGACAGGCAGGUGACGGCGCCUCCUCGGUUCUCCAUCUCUUUUCUGAGAUGCCGCCAUCAGCUUCUUGGACCCGGGAGAAAGCAACAGAGCCUGGAGGUUGGAUUGCCGAGGAUGGUGAGGACGACCAACUCCUACCCACCUCCCCCGGGCCGCCCGGGCGGGGCUGGGCGGGGGUCGGCGCCCCUCCCCGGGGCGGGGCUCGCCCGGGCUCACCGCGCCCCGCCGCCGCGCGGGGCUACAGAGGCUGCUGCGCUGCGGGAAGCCGGCGCGAUGUAUCUCCGCAGGGCGGUCUCCAAGACCCUGGCGCUGCCUCUGAGGGCGCCCCUCAGCCCCGCGCCGCUGCGGAAUGACGCAUCUCUUCGCUGGAUAUCAUCUAACAAAUUCCCUGGAUCAUCUGGAUCAAAUAUGAUCUAUUAUCUGGUUGUAGGUGUCACAGUCAGUGCUGGUGGAUAUUAUACUUACAAGACAGUUAAAUCAGAGCAAGCCAAACACACGGAACAUAUAACAAAUCUGAAAGAAAAAACCAAAGCAGAGUUACAUCCACUUCAAGGUGAAGAAGAGAACCCUGCAGGAGUCAAGGAAGCACGUGCAGAAGCCCCUGAAGUGUCUUUAGUGGAAGCUCAGGUGGUAGAUGCUGAAGAUAUUCCAGAUGCUACGGUUGCAGUCAUGAAAGAGGCUUCAGCCUGUCCACAUAAUGUGGAGGCUGCUCCGGCGGAGACCGCCGCAGUCAGCGCCGAAACUGGGCCAGAGGUUACAGAUGCAGCGACCCGGGAAACCGCAGACGUCAGCGCUGAACCGGCCUCAGAGGUUAUGAGUGCAGCUCCGGAUGAAGCUGUUGCUAUCAAUAAUGAUAAAGGUACGACAGAGAACGAAAGCUCUGGUGAAUAUGCUGAACUAGAAGAAGAAACUUCUCCAAUUGAGUCAGAAUCCUCUGCUGGGGAUGAUUUACAGGAAGAAGCCGGUGUUGGUUCUGAGGCCGCUUAGGUUCAAGGCUAAUCUCAUGCUGAUUGACGCUUCAGCAAAAAAUGCCACAGAGCUUCUGAGAGAUGCUUUUGUAGUUUUGGUAAUCUUAGUUUUUAAAAAGGCUUUUUUUUCUAGAAAAUGUUAAUGUGCCUUGAAGAUUUUUGGUAUCUACUGAUAGAGUUCAGGAUUGAGAGGUUUGAGAUUUUACAUGUCUGAAUAGUUUUCUACUCUCUGAGAUCAGAAUAUGACAUUGCAGUAAAGAGCUUAAAGAGUUUCAUCUUUGGAUUUAAAUGUUAUAUCAUAGGAAUUGAGUUAUCUGUACAACCUGCAUUCACUUUAAUUUUGCUAUACCUUUACGUUACUUUAAUGUAUGUAAAUCUAUAUUCCUAUGUUUUGAU